AUGAUUCUGGUGCAUGCUUCACGGCAUGCUGCAGGUCGCGGCGCAUGUCUACGAAGCUCGUACGCUGAGAUAUCUCGAUUUGUUCGAACACGCCAUCACGGGAUCACGUUGGAUCGCGCAUCACUGUGUUUGAAGAACGCAACGCGCUCUUUUGUGAGCUUGCAGUCUGGUGCACCCACGUUGUCACCAGAAGAAAAGCUUCGCAAAACAUUAGAUGAUUUCAAAGAAUCCACACGGAUUCACUCUUGGAAGCACAUUGACGAUGCAUGGUCAGAACUGCAGGCUGCGAACUUGACUCACAACAGAGCCGGCCGGGACGUCGAGAUAGCUGGCUACCUUAGCACUCGACGAGAUGUGAACAAAAAGCUCUCUUUUGCUAUGCUGCGCAGCAAAAACCAAACGUGGUGCAUUCAAAUUGUCUCAACUGGCAAUGUGGAAGGCGAGGAAGCAGAAGCACAUGUUCGUCUUAGGACGUUAAGAGAAUGGACUCCUGUCGUGGUUCGAGGCAGGCUCCUGGAGAGAAAGCAAGCCAAAGAUGACACCUACCUCGGCAUAAAAUUGAUCAACGACCGAGAGAUAUCGCUGACAAGUAUCACUCCUCUGAACGAGAUACCGAACGAUAUCAUCAUCAAGCAGGAUACUGUGUUCGGUCCUGAGCAACGGCACCUACAACUACGCACUAACGCAGAACUGCGAAACAACAUCAUCAAAAGACAGAAAGCUAUGCAAAGGGCGCGGCUAGAGCUAGCUGAUAACGGCUGGAGAGAGAUUGAGACUCCUAUCCUGUUCAAAUCUACGCCUGAAGGUGCGCGAGAGUUUCUCGUGCCAACACGGACCAAGGGGCUGGCAUACGCGCUUCCUCAAAGUCCGCAACAGUACAAACAGAUUCUCAUGGCUUCCGGCUUCACUAGAUAUUACCAGUUCGCACGUUGCUUCCGCGACGAGGACCUGAGAGCCGACCGACAACCGGAGUUCACUCAGCUCGAUAUGGAGAUGUCUUUUGCAGCGGAGGAAGACAUCAUGGCUGAGAUUGAACGGCUGCUGAGGGCUCUUUGGUACAGAGUAUUGAAGCAGAAGACGCCGGAGAAAUUUCCGCGAAUGACCUACCAGGAAGCCAUGGCUUCGUACGGAUCAGACAAGCCGGACCUGCGGUACAACUCGAAGAUUCAUUCUAUCACCCAGUAUCUCCCCGCCGAUCUAAUCGGCAAAAUCACACCGCUCCAGGACCCUACUGUAGAAGCAUUCAAGAUCUCAAUUUCCUCUGACCCCAAAGUCACACGAAAGUUCAUCUCCGAUUUCCUCGAUGGCCCGGACGGCAAAGCAUUCCUCGAGAACGCUGACGGUCAACCCGGCGUCUUCGUGGGCGACCUCUCAGCACCCAUGCAAGGCCUAGGACCACUCGGCUACCAGUAUGUUAUGGAAGGCCCUGAAGCCCUCGCCAUCGAACACGGCGACCUCCUCAUCCUCCAAGCACGCCCUACCGCUCCUUUCGCCGGUGGCUCGACUAUGUUAGGCAACCUCCGUCUCGCCCUGCACAAAGCCGCCAUCGCCCAAGGCCUCAUCGACCCUCCGGAUCAGCACGACUACAAAUUCGUCUGGAUCCAUGACUUCCCUCUCUUCUCGCCCUCAGUCGACUCUGAACCCGGCCAAGGCGGCACCGCAGGCCUCGCAUCAACCCACCACCCCUUCACCGCACCCAAGACCCCCGCAGACGUCGACCUCCUGCUCACUGCGCCCGAGAAAGCCAUCGCAGCACACUACGACAUCGUCGUCAACGGCGUCGAGCUAGGCGGCGGGAGCCGUCGUAUCCACAGCGCCGGCGUUCAAGAGUUCAUCUUCCGUGACGUGCUGAAGAUGAAGCCCGAGCGCGUCGAGGACUUUAGGCACUUGCUCGACGUGCUGCGGAGUGGGUGUCCGCCGCACGUGGGCAUUGCGCUGGGUUGGGACAGGUUGAUGGCGAUCAUGUGCCACAAGGAGAGUGUGCGCGAUGUCAUUGCAUUUCCCAAGAGUGGGCGUGGAGAGGAUUUGCUGGUCAAGAGCCCGAAUCGGCCGACGGUGGAGCAGUGGGAUACGUAUGGUUUGCAGGUGAAGGCGUGA